GGGCUUCUCGCUGCUCUCAGCAGAGGACUGACUCUUCGGUUGGACACAGUCAGCCUGCGGUGGAGAAACAAACACUGCGUACCUUAACUCUAAAUCGCAUUUAUUUCUCUGCUGGGGAUCGUCUGCUUGAGGAACCAAGGCUCCGUGUGAGGACUGCAGCACAGGAAAACAAUAUUUCUACGAGAAUAACAAGACGAUUACUAGGCUCCCUUGACAACUCCUGAUGAUUUCUCUACCUGACAAUCAAGAGCUGUCGCCCUGAUCGCUGUCUGUCAGGCACAGCUUUUCGUCAAGCAAGAUGUCAACCACAACAGAAAAUGGGAUGGGAGGGCCUUGGAGCACGAGCAGAGAGAAAACAUACAAGAAGACCACGUCAUCGGCCUUGAAGGGGGCCAUUCAGCUCGGUAUCGGCUAUACAGUCGGCAACCUCACAUCCAAGCCUGACAGAGAUGUGCUUAUGCAAGACUUCUAUGUGGUGGAGAGCGUCUUUCUGCCCAGUGAGGGAAGCAACUUGACCCCGGCGCACCACUAUCCUGACUUCCGCUUCAAGACCUACGCCCCGCUCGCCUUCCGCUACUUCAGAGAUCUGUUCGGCAUCAAACCGGACGAUUACCUGUACUCUUUGGUGAACGAGCCUCUGAUCGAGCUGACCAACCCGGGGGCCAGCGGCUCGCUCUUCUACCUAACCAGCGAUGAUGAGUUCAUCAUUAAAACUGUGCAGCACAAAGAGGCCAAGUUUCUCCAGAGAUUGCUACCUGGAUACUACAUGAACUUGAACCAGAAUCCACGCACGCUGCUGCCCAAGUUUUACGGCCUGUACUGUAUCCAGUCUGGAGGCAUCAACAUCCGACUGGUGGUGAUGAACAAUGUGCUGCCUCGCUCCGUCAAAAUGCACUACAAAUACGAUCUGAAGGGAUCCACCUACAAGAGACGAGCCUCCAGGAAAGAAAGGGAGAAGGCCUGUCCGACCUACAAAGACCUGGACUUCCAGGACAUGCAUGAGGAGGGGCUUUACUUUGACGCAGAGACGUACAACAACCUGAUGAAGACCCUGCAGAGAGACUGUCGGGUGCUGGAGAGUUUUAAGAUCAUGGACUACAGUCUGCUGCUGGGAGUGCACGUCCUGGAUCAGAGCCAGCGAGAAGGAGGCGAACCGGGCCAGGCGGGCUGCGACGGGAGGAGACCUGUGGGUCAAAGGGUGCUUUACUCCACCGCCAUGGAGUCCAUCCAAGGAGACGGCAAGGCAGCCGAGGCCCUCACCACAGACGACACGAUGGGCGGCAUCCCUGCCAAAACACACAAAGAAGAGAAGCUCCUCAUCUUCCUGGGUAUCAUAGAUAUUCUACAGUCAUACAGGUUCAUUAAAAAGCUGGAACACUCGUGGAAAGCUCUGGUGUACGAUGGUGACUCUGUCUCGGUCCACCGGCCGGGGUUUUACGCCAGCCGCUUCCUCAAGUUCAUGAGCACGCGCGUCUUCAGGAAGACUCAGCCACUUCGAUUCUCCCCUUCAAAGAGGACUCGCACUUCCAUCCCUGCUCUGAAGUCGUCCUCACAGGAGAUUCUUUCAUCGCAGGCAGAUGAGAGGAAUGAGGGGGACAGGAGGGACCGACUGGGAGGAGCUCGCAGCCUGGCCAGUCUGGAUGGACAAGCUGUGUUUGGUUCUUAUCUGCGUCCUGAUCUGGUCCCUGCCAACCCGUCCUUCUACGAGGGCUCCUCCAUGGGAACCAUCUCCACCUCCUCCAUCUUUGUAAAUGUGGACAACCAAACAGAAGAGAGAGAGGACGUUGCGUCCAGCUCCACGUUCACUCUGGAGGACAGCGCUAUCUGCCUCACGUCAGAGCAGAGCACCAUGGACGUGGACAUGGACCGUGAUGACGGAUCUGUUCUUGAUGUCUACUUGUGAAAAUAGCAACUUCAUUUCCUCCUGCCAAGCAUAAGACAAUCGCCGCACUCCAUUGGACAGGCCAGGCUGGCGUUUGACUCCACUUUCAGUGCUGCUACUCCCAUGAUGCCACUCGUAAUUGCCAACUCAUAAAAACGCAGAGAUUCCCACUGGUUGAUGGACUAAAAGAAGACACCAACAAAGUCACAGCGACGGACAUCUGCAGGAACCAUGUGACAUAUCAUGUAAAGUGCUGAACAUCAGGCUGAACUGCUUUCCAGAGCAUGUAUCAACGCAGCGCCAUUCACUUUUAUACAUGUACACCGUUUUCAUGGCCUACGCCCAGAUCCAAACUUUUAUUAGAUAUAAAUAUAUAUAUGAGGAGACAGUAGAUACACAUUGUACAUUUCUUUAGACAUUUUUUUCUGCUGAUCAGAAAGAAAUGCUUUGAAAAUUUGCAGCUGCAUUGGCUGCUGACAACAUGAGGAAUGUUUACAGUGAAUUUAUGACGGCAUCUUUGUCCCCGAUGAAGACGGACGUGACACAAACGGACACAAGCCAGCUCGUAAACCACAGCCAACACGGAACGAGGACAGACUCGCGCGAACAGACUUGAUUCUGAAGCUGGCGAGGCCAAACACAGACUGUGAUGUGUUUAAAGUGGCCAACGUUUCCUAACCGGGCGGUUGUUUUGCGCCCUGCCCUGACGGGAAGCCGGAGCUCUGGCAGAGAGCCGCUGUAAAGCAAAGCGAGAAAAGACAGUUACUGGAUCCUGGAUGAAGCACAGAGCGGAGAGACAAUGCACUUGCUCUUGAUUUUUUAUUUUUUUUUUUUUAAAAGGCACUUUUGACAUUGGUUAUGAUUACUGUAAGAAACAUUUUUCUCUGAGGAUGUUGCUUAGGCGGGUGGGCUACCUGACAUAAGCACAGAUUUGGAUGUGUGAACAUGCACUUUUAUUUUUCUUUUUACUAUACAAAUGCACACCUCUGUUCGUCAUUGAUACUACAUGUACAGAGACAAUGAAGGAACAUCGUAGAUCAUUUUUGAUGUGGAACUACUAGUUUUGUGAGGUUUGCGUCAUGACUGAAGAUGCUUUUACUCAGGAUAUCCUUUGAUACUGAAGAAGUAUGUCCUCUUUAAGAAGGUAUGAGACAUGCAUCCUUUCGCUGAGAAGCUGUCCGAUACCUCUUCAUCAAGAUCAUAUCCAACUAUAAAUGUCCACGAUCACACGUCAGUUGAGACCAUAAUUUAUUAUGUAAAUCUCAAUAUUUUACCAUUUGCUGAAAAUACUUUAAUCGCUGAAUGUAAAGACAAUGCAUAUUUAUAUAUAGAAGAGACUCCUAUAAAUAAACUGCUAAAAUUCA